UCCCGCCUCUCCCGCCGCGUUCCUCGCUGUUUGAGGCUGCUCGCCUGAGGCGUCUCGACCUGCAGAGGCCAGGUCUGUUCCGCGGAGAAGAAAAAAUUCUUUGGGGAAUCGAAGCCCCGUGCCUCGGCGGAAACCACGGACUUUUCGCCUCGGAACAAACGCAUGCGACUUCCAGGGUGCUUCUUUGCUCACCGAGUCCGCAGUUUUCGCAGCAUGCGCGCUUGCAUGGUGGGGCAGAGGCAUUCCUCUGGAAAAAUAAAGAAAGUCUGGAAAUGUGGACCAGAGACCAGCUACUUUAUUCCUCUUCUCUUACCGACGCCUCAGCUUCUCUCCCGGUUCUCGUCGGACUUCUCCCUCCUCUUAGCUCCGUUUUCCUCGCCGGUUUCUCUAAGCGUUAUGGCAACAGUCGCAACGCCGAUAUAAUACUCGAGAGCAGCGCGUCUUCUCUCCACUUCGUUCGUCGCUUGUCUUCCUUUCUUCUUUCCCUCUCCUUUUCUCUUGAGUCUUCCUCUCCUUUCCCUACAGUGUCGCCGUUUUUUCCUCGACGCGCGAAGGCGAGAGCAAACGCCGCCUGGGUCUCUGGGCUUUCAGAGACACUCUUGCGAGACCCAGGGGAGACCCGGCGAGAUCAAGAAAAACGAGAUCUCGAGGCAACCGAGAGAAAUCGAGGAAAGGGGAGACUGAGAAGAACGUGGGAGAUCGAGAACAGCCUACAGGGCUCACAAGACCUUCGCGAGAAGCAAGAGAGACCAGUCCGAACGAGAAAAAGACGAGGGAAACAGAGAGCAGCUUCGUCCGCGUGCAGCCAUGGCGAAAGAGAGGCUGAUACGCGGGGGCGGCUCUGCCUCGCGCGGCGUCGGCAAAAAAAGAAAAGAAUUCCAAAAGCGAGCACCAUCAGGCAAGCUCCGCCAGAAAGAACAACAGGAGAUCCGUGAACUGGAAGAUCGAAUCUGCGUCGAAAUGCCUCUCCCUGGCCUCACAUGGGAACCCCCUUUCCUCCACUCUUCUGCUUCCUCUGCUUCCGCUGCUUCCGCUGCUUCUUCUUCUUCCUCUGCUUCUUCUGCUUCUUCUUCUGAAGGCGUCGUUGAGGAGGGAGCCAUGGCUCGAGCGGCAGGGAAAGAAGAAGGCGACCCUUCUGUCUCGCGCGAAAACGCUGCAGGGACACCGACCUUGUCUCGCUUCUUUUUCUCGGAUCUUCCGCUCAGUCAGUACACGCGACGAGGCCUGAAGGAGGGGGGCUUCCACCUGCUGAGCUCCAUCCAGGCCCGGGCGAUUCCCCAUGCGCUCCGAGGCGCCGACGUCCUCGGCGAAGCGAAAACCGGCAGCGGCAAAACGCUCUGUUUCGUCAUUCCUGUUCUCGAGUGUCUGUACAGAAACUGCGUGAGCAGCAUCGACGGCUUGGCGGCUCUCAUCCUCGCGCCCACACGAGAGCUCGCCGUGCAGAUCUUCGAUGUUAUCAAACUCGUAGGCCGGCAUCACGAAUUCUCGGCGGGAUGUUUGAUCGGAGGGAAGAGUGUACAAGCUGAGGCUCAGCGCGUAAAUGCUUUGAACAUCGUCGUCGGUACUCCCGGUCGUGUUCUUCAACAUAUGGAAGAGUCGCAGCUGUGGGAGGCGAAUGGCCUAAAAAUCUUAGUGAUUGAUGAAGCAGAUCGGAUGGUCGAUUUGGGAUUCUUCGAAACGUCUCGCCUCAUCAUUAAUCAACUGCCUCCCGAAAGACAGUCGCUGCUCUUCUCCGCGACUCUGAAAAGCGCAGUGAAACGUCUCGCCGCUCUCGCUGCUUCGACGGACGCAGAGUGCAUCUCCGUCGAUCCUGGCGUGAGCGCGACUCCGGUGUCGCUACGGCAGAACUACGUGGUGGUGCCUGCGCAGCACAAACUCAGCGCUCUUUUCUCUUUUUUGCGAACGCAUUCUUCCAAGAAGAUUCUGGUCUUCGUCUCAAGCUGCAAACAGACCCGCUUUCUGUACGAAGCGUUCCGCAUCCUCAAGCCUGGUUUGGCGCUCAUGUAUCUGCACGGUCGGCAGAAGCAGCAGAAGCGUCUGGAAGUCUUCCAGUCCUUCGUAGAUCGCACAGGAGAGUGCUGCCUCAUCAGCACAGAUCUCGCGUCUCGCGGAAUCGACUUCACGCAGCUCUCUCUGUUUGAGACGAGCAAACAGCGAUCUGGUCCGCGGGGCUUUGGAAAGCGACGGGGACGCCGCGAAGGAGAAACGAACGGCGUAGAGACAACAUACAAGAAAGGCGCGCGAGAAGCCGAGACUCGCGGCGUCGACUUCGUCGUCCAGCUCGACUGUCCAGACAGCGUAGAGACGUACAUCCAUCGAGUCGGAAGAACUGCGAGAAUGCAGCGAACAGGUCAAGCUCUCCUCAUGAUUCUCCCUUCAGAAACGAAAUUCGUAGACAGACUCCGUGACAAAAAGAUCGAGAUGCAGCAGCUCUUCAUGAAUCCAAAGAAGGCCGUCCGUGUUGAAAACAAGCUGCAGUCGAUCCUUGCGCAAAACACCGCCCUCAAAUUGCUUGCACAACAAGCACUGUCGAGCUACCUGCGUUGUGUCGCAUUGAUGCCCGACAAGAGCGUCUUCUCGCUUCCAACGGAUAAGAAGGCCCUGACUGCUUUGGCGAACGCGUACGGACUCUCUCUGCCUCCAAAUGUCACUCUUCUCGCUGACGAGAAGACGAAAAACCGUGAGAGUCAGGACGGCGACGAAGACGAACUCUGCACAGGAGGAGCAGUCGCCGUGACGGAGAUGAAGAAGAAAAAGAAUUUGUCGAAACUCGAGCGAUUCAAGGAGAAAAUCCGACAAAAGAAGGCAGAGAAAGCGGCUAGACAGCACGCUCAAAGGAUGGAGACCGAGACAGAAGCGACAGAAACAGAGAAAGAGGAGAAAGAGAAGCAGGAGAAGAAGGAAGUGAGGAAGAAGAGAGAAGAGACCGAGAGGACGCUGACGUUGUUGCAAGAGAGAGAACAGAACGAGGAUGAAGAGGGCGGAGAGGAGGCGGCUGCGAACUUAGAUGACGACGGCCUCCUCGUUCUGAAGGACAGAGAAGAUGAUGCAGAUCUCGACGAAAAAGAAAGAGGACGCUUGCUCCACGAACAACUCAUGAGGAAACCAGGUUUCAGACGAGAAAGGCUUCGCUUCCGAGCAGAUGGCACAGCGAAAGUGAAGGGCCUUGCUGCUGCCUCUCUGCAUCAAAGCCAUGUUUUCUUUGGAGACGAAGAAGACGAAGGAGACAGCGGAGACGAAGGAGACAGCGGAGACGAAGGAGACAGAGGAGACGAAGAAGAGAGGCGAGGUGAAGAGGGAGAAGGAGACUUACCGUCGGCGUCUGGUCGCGCCGCGUUCCUUCGGAGGAUGCGAGAGAAAGUUAUGGCGGCACAACAGGAAGACAAGGAGAGAAAUCGACAGAGAAUUCAAGAGCUUCACACGAAACAGAGACAGAAGGCCCGCGCUCGGCGCCAGGCUCAGGCUGCAGAGCAAGGUACUGCUCCUCACGCUCUGUUGGACCUGCGCAGUUUGCCGGGGGACGAAGAGGAAGGAAGCGCGGGAGAGCGAGGAGACAGCGAGGAGGAAGCUACGGAGUCUGACAGAAGACUUCCAACCUCGUCUUCUGAAAGUGAAUCAGAAAUGCAGAGUGGAAAGCGACAGCCGAAACGACGCGCGAGAGAAGAACGCGCAACGGGAAGAGGAAGCAAACGGCAACGAAGCAACAGAUCCUCGACUGACGACACAGACAACAAAGUUGAAGAACAAGAUUUGGAGGCCCUCGCUCUGCAGGUUUUACAGGGGAAGAACGUCGCUUAAUUCUCUUUCUCGCCUUUCCCUGUUCGCUUCGCUGUCUUGUGGGACAGAUCUCGCAAGUGCCGUUUUCCCUUCAUGCGCUUUUGUGUCGGACUGUGUUCUUUCUGUCUUCGCCUCGGGCUCCGCUGAUCUGUUUCGUCUCCUGUUCUUUUCCCCUUCUUUUCUUAUUUCGCUUCUCGGCUUUACGAUUUUUCUGGCUGCAUCUUUCGAGCCUGGAAAGUCCACUCCUUGUCGUGACUGAAAACCCUUCGCCUUCCGCUUUCGUUCUCUGAGGACGAACGCCAAAAUUUUGGAACUAAAGAACGAAUGGCUUCUCGACCAGAGAGACGACAGUGAGAAGUCUCUCCCCUUCCGCUAGUGUCCGGUGUACGUACACCCCAGAGUGGCGAGUGGACUUUUUCUGUCGAAGCCAAGUCCAAGCGGUGCUCUGGAGAAGCAAGACACACUGCCUCC